AUGAUCAACAGGAACCACCACCCCCACCACUCCCCGUGCCACCAACAAAACAACCACCACCAAAAAAACCGCCAUUUUCAAUACCGUCAAUCGCCUCAGUUCUACCGCAACCGUAACUACCAAAACCAGCAGCAACACCAAAGCCCUUUUGUGAUCAAACUUCUCACCAACCACCGUCAUGAUAACCGCACGGAAUCGUCACUUGAAACCCUAAUUUCCCAAUUUAACCCUAAGCAGUACAAAUUGUACCCAAACCCCAUCUCCACCAUCACCGCCCGUCUAUUUUUCGAGAACCAGAGUGAUGCUAUCACCGCAUUGGUGUCACUGUGGGAACGGAGGCUGGCUGGAGACCAUGCGUAUACUCCGUCGGCGGAUUUCCAUGUAAAUGAAGCGGAGUUGAAUGAGAAGAUUAGAGGUUUGUUUCGAUUGUAUGUAGAGAAAGUGUUAGAAGGAGAGGUGGUGAAGAAAUUGGAAAGAAAGAUUGAAACUUUAGCUGUGGAAAUUGAUAAGGUUUCGGGCUUUUUGAGGCGGCCGAGAGGAGUUAGGGUUUACAGUGAGAAUACGGCGAAGAAGGAGGUUUUAAGGGUGGAAAUGGAGGGGGUUGUGAAGAGGGUAGAGGAGUUUAGGAACGGAAUGAACUGUUUGAUAGAUUCUAUUGAAGGGAAGGAGAUUGGUGACUUUGGGGUUUUGAGGGUUUGUGAUGAGAGUAAUGGGAGAAAGAUGAGAAUAUUUGAUUAUUGGAGUAGGAUUCAUUUUUUGGUAUCAAGAGAGUGUAGAAGGCUUGAAAAUGGGUUGCCUAUUUAUGGGUUUAGGAGUGAGAUUUUGAAGAUGUUGCAUUCACAGCAGUGUGCUUAUGCAUAUUCUUGUAUGAUUGUUUUGGAUGUGAUAUGUGAUUAUGAUUGGCAUGUAGUUUCUCGAUCCAUUCGAUGCAGAGAGUCCCUUGACUCCUUGCCGAGCUCCAAUAAUGCAGCUCCAUAUGUUUCUGAUGUUGUUAAGAUGGCAAUGGAAAUUCAUGCAGUAGAGGGGGAUGGGGCAGUGCUUGCUUUUUUGACUUCGCAGGCAGAAGUAGAAGGGGCAUGUGAAAAGUUUCAGUCUAUCUCUGCCAUUGCGCUCCCAUUACAUGGGAAGCUUUCCCAUGAGGAGCAAUGUCGUGUUUUCCAGAACUACCCUGGAAAGAGAAAAGUUAUUUUUGCUACAAAUUUAGCAGAAACAUCCUUAACAAUUCCUGGUGUCAAGUAUGUGGUUGAUUCUGGUUUGGUUAAAGAUAGCAGGUUUGAAUCUUCUUCAGGUAUGAAUGUACUCAGAGUUUCCAAGAUCAGCCAAAGUUCUGCUAAUCAACGAGCUGGCCGUGCUGGUAGAACAGAUCCUGGCAAGUGUUACCGGUUGUACUCGGAAUCUGAUUAUCAGUCCAUGGAUUUGCAUCAGGAACCUGAAAUUUGUAAAGUUCACCUUGGCAUUGCAGUUUUGAGGAUCCUUGCCUCAGGUAUUAAGAAUGUGCUAGAGUUUGAUUUUAUUGAUGCUCCUAAUGCGGAUGCAAUCAACAAGGCCAUCAGGAACCUUGUUCAGUUAGGUGCUGUUGUCUGCAAGCAUGAUGCUUUUGGAUUAACUGCUGACGGGCAUUUCUUAGUUAAGUUGGGUAUGGAGCCUCGAAUUGGGAAAAUUAUUCUUGAAAGUGUCCAUUAUGGUUUGUGCAAGGAGGGAGUUGUCCUUGCUGCUGCUAUGGCAAAUGCCAGUAGCAUUUUUUGCAGAGUGGGUACCAAUGAUGAUAAGCUGAAGUCUGAUUGCCUUAAGGUCCAGUUCUGCCAUCAUGAUGGAGACCUCUUCACUUUGCUCUCUGUCUACAGGGAAUGGGAGAGUAUAAGUCAAGAGAAUAGAAACAAGUGGUGUUGGGAAAAUAGAAUCAAUGCAAAAACCAUGCGAAGAUGCAGAGAUACAGUACUGGAGUUGGAAAACUGUUUGCAAAAUGAACUUCGUAUCAUUAUUCCAAGUUACUGGCUUUGGGAUCCUCUUGUUGUCUCUGUGCAUGAUAAAAACAUGAAGAAGAUUAUACUUUCUUCGCUAGCAGAUAAUGUAGCUAUGUAUUCUGGAUAUGAUCGUCUUGGUUAUGAGGUUGUUUUAAGUGGUGAAUACUUUCAACUUCACCCUUCAUGUUCAUUACAAGUGUACAACCAGAAGCCAAAUUGGGUUGUCUUCACUGAACUCUUGUCUGUAUCAACUCAAUAUUUGGUUUGUGUUACAGCAAUUGACUUAGACAGUUUAUAUGCCUUCAGUCAUCCUUUAUUUGAUGUCUCAAAGAUGGAGUGUAGAAAACUGCAGUUGAGGGUGAUAAAAGGAUAUGGUGGUGUUGCCCUGAAACGGUUUUGUGGAAAGUCCAAUAGUAGCUUGAUAGCACUUGUUUCUCGCAUGCGUACUAUUUACAUGGAUGAACGCAUUGGUAUUGAAAUCAGUGUGGAUGACAACGAGAUUAGAUUGUUUGCUUCGUCCACAGACAUUGAAAAGAUCUAUGAAUUUGUCAAUAAUGCCUUGAGUUAUGAAAAAAGGUUGUUAAGUACCGAAUGCUUGGAGAAGUGCUUAUAUCGUGAGCAUCUGGAGUUGGAAAAUAGAUGUUUGACAGUGGAUGUGUACCUUUCCAAUGUGAAUGUGUUAGAUGACAAGGAAGUUUUGAUGUUCUUUGAGAAAUCUGUAUCUGGGGUUUGUGGUUAUAACAAAUGCAUGUGCGCUGGACAGAAUGGUGAUGGUGCAGAAAGGUGGGGCAGGGUGACAUUUCUUACUCCUGAAGCAGCUAGAAAAGCUCUAGAGUUAAAUGGAUCUGAGUUAUGUGGCUCUGUACUUAAGUUGUCGCUGUCUGGGUCAUCUGUUGGAGGUAUUCGAAAGUCAUCAUUUGCUGCUCUAAAAGCAAAAAUCAGCUGGCCACGCCGGUAUAGUAAAGGGUAUGCAAUUGUCAGAUGUGAAAGGAAUGAUGUGCAGUUUAUUGUUGAUGAUUGCUUUAAUGUACUGAUUGGGGGCAGGUUUGUUCGUUGUGAGCCUAGCACAAGAGACAUGAACGCUGUAGUUAUCAAAGGAUUGGAUAAGGAAACUUCUGAAGCAGAAAUUUUUGAAGUUCUGCAGAAGACCACAAAUAGGAGAAUUCUAGAAGUAUUCCUAGUCAGAGGAGAUGAAGUAAAUAAUCAUUCUGUUGAUGCUUUUGAGCAAGCAAUUCUCAAGGAAAUUGCUCCUUUCAUGCCUAACCAGGGUCCUUUGGGCAAUUACUGCCAUGUUCAGGUUUUUGCCCCGGAGCCAAAACAUAGUUUCAUGAAGGCUUGGAUUUCUUUUGAAGGGAAAUUACAUUUGGAGGCAGCUAAAGCUCUGCAACAUAUACAAGGAAAAGCACUUGCUGGCUGUUUUUCAUGGCAGAAGAUGCAAUGCCAACAGGUGUUCCAUAGCUAUGUGUCCUGUUCUGCAGCUGUUUAUGCAAUCAUCGAGAGGCAGCUGAAUUCUUUACUAAAAAGCUUUAAGUGUCGACCUGGUGUAAGUUGCAAUUUAGAAAGGAAUGAGAAUGGCUCUUAUAGAGUGAAGAUAUCUGCUAAUGCAACAAAGACAGUAGCAGAGUUGAGAAGGCCGCUGGAGCAGCUGAUGAAUGGAAGGACAGUAAAUCAUGGUAGCCUCAUCCCAAUGGUUCUGCAGCUUCUUUUCUUCAGAGAUGGCAUCAUGCUCAUGAAGUCAUUGCAGGAACAAAUGGGAACUUACAUUCUGUUUGAUAGGCAGAACCUCACUGUUAGGAUCUUUGGCCCCGAGAACAAAGUUGCUCUUACUGAACAGAAGUUGGUAGCAUCUCUUCUGGCCCUCCAUGAUAAGGAGCAAACAGAUAUCCGUCUUCGAGGUGGAGUGAUGCCAUAUGAUCUUAUGAAGAAGGUGGUUGAGAAGUUUGGUCCUGAAUUGCAUGGGCUCAAAGAAAAGUUCCCUGAGGCCGAAUUUAUGCUUAAUACAAGGCGACAUGUUAUUUCUUUUACUGGAAAAAAGGAUAUGAGACUCGAAGUGGAGGAGAUGAUUCAUGACUUUGCGAGGUCUGUUGGUGUUAACAGAUCUGUCAAACGAUAUGAAGAUGACAACAUUGCCUGCCCUAUUUGCCUGUGUGAGGUUGAGGACUGUUACCAGCUCGAGGCUUGUGGGCACAAAUUCUGCCGGUCAUGCUUGGUUGACCAGUUAGAGUCAUCAAUGAGAGGACAUGAUGGUUUUCCUGUAGGCUGUGCCCAUGAAGGUUGUGGCAUGCACAUUUGGCUUACAGAUCUCAAGUCUCUUUUACCAUGUGAAAAGUUAGAGGUUCUCUUCAGAGCCUCCUUGUCAGCCUUUAUUGCAUCUAGUGGUGGCACUUACAGGUUUUGCCCGUCUCCUGAUUGCCUCUCAGUAUAUCGGGUAUCCAAUGGGAUGGUUGGUGAUCGAUUUGUAUGUGGAGCAUGCUAUGCCGACACAUGUACAAGGUGUCAUGUGGAGUAUCAUCCGUUUGUGUCUUGUGAAAAAUACAGAGAGUUUAAGGAGGAUCCUGACGUUUCCUUGAAGGAAUGGUGCCAGGGAAAAGCCCAUGUAAAGAACUGCCCAGUAUGUAGAUACACAAUUGAGAAGGUAGAUGGCUGCGACCAUGUUGAAUGCAGAUGUGGGAAACACAUCUGCUGGGUCUGCUUAGAGUUCUUUAUGAGUAGCAAAGAUUGCUAUGCGCACUUAAGGUCUGUGCAUCCUGCUACCUUAUGA